GAAAAUUUUGCGGCGACGUAAGUGAGAAGUGGCAUAUUUUUGCUCGCCUGUUCCAAAAAUACGGAUUUUGCGGUGGUAUUAUUGGCCUGCCAGCUGCGAGUACAGGUGAUACGAAUAAGCAAAUAGCAGUUCCGUCGGAAGCUAACUGCCAUGACGGAGUUUUGCGACGAUGUAAUCAAGUUGUUCCCGCUGCGAACCAUUCCGGAUGUGAUAAAGCUGUUCCGGCAGCAAAUCAACAAUCGGGAAGAAGAACCAGACUUGACGCUACUCUCAAUAGUGACCGGAAUGAUAGAGCACUCAUUGACGACUAAGGUGCUGGAAUCAUCACCUGCCGCUGGAUCCACUGCAAAUCAACAGCCACAUAUUGAAGGCGUCAGUAACUUUCCGGUUAUUAAAUACGACGUCAUUGAAGGGCUUUAUAAAAAGUUUAAACUAGUGCUAGCCCCCAUUGAGAAAUUACUGGUUAAAAAUACAACAGAUUCAAAGUUUGCCAGCCGAGAAGUAAUCAAAAAGGUUUCGGAUAUUAUCUGGAAUUCAUUACUGCGUAGCUCGUACAAAGAUCGGGCGCAUCUACAAAGUUUAUACAGCUAUCUGUGCGGCAAUAAGCUGGAUUGUUUUGGCGUAGCAUUUGCCGUCGUGGCCGGAUGCCAAAUGCUAGGUUACAGAGAUGUCCAUUUGGCUAUUUCGGAAGAUCAUGUUUGGGUGGUGUUCGGCAAAACAGGUGAUGAAACAAUAGAGGUUACUUGGCAUGGAAAGGGAGCGGAGGACAAACGAGGCCAAUCAGUAGCUCCGGGAGUCGAGUCACAAACGUGGUUGUACGUCGCUGGGAAUCCGGUUGUGUGCAAUAGGUACAUGGAAGUGGCUGCAAUUGUUUCGGCCAUCAAUCCUUCACUUACGGCAACCAGUGCAUGCUUGGAGGUGGCUGAUUUGCAGCAGCAACUGCUUUGGCACUUGUACGAUAUGGGUCACCUGAAGAAGUAUCCAAUGGCAUUAGGUUGUUUGGGGGAAUUAGAAGAGGUGUCUCCUACCAACGGUCGAAAGAGCUGCGAAGAACUAUACACUGAAUCGGUUCGAUCGGCACAAACUUACUACAAAAACCAUCAUGUCUAUCCGUACACGUAUCAGGGAGGUUUUUACUACCGAAGAAACAUGUACCGCGAGGCAUUUGCUUCGUGGGCCGACAGCAGCGAUGUUAUUAGAUUGUACAAUUAUUCACGAGAUGAUGAAGAGAUUUAUAAGGAAUUUUUGGAUAUUGCCAAUGAACUUAUCCCGCAGGUCAUGAAACUGGAAAGCUCUGGACAUUCGGCUAAGAGUAUCUUGCGCGAUUCCCAUUGCUUUGCUAACCUGCUUCGUUUCUACGAUGGCAUCUGCAUGUGGGAGGAAGGAAGUCUAACGCCCAUACUGCAUAUUGGCUGGGCCAAACCGUUGGUAGCAACAAUUGCCAAGUUUGAUCACGAUAUCCGAUCACAGGUGAUAAUUAAAAGUGGUGAACAGUCACCCCGUACUUUUCAUCAGCUGCUACAUCAAGCCAAUGGCAACAGUACUGAAAAGACCAAAGUGACCGCGAGUGCUGGUCAGUUAACGAACAACAACAAUAAUAAUGUUAUUAACAAAUCGGAUGCCAAUCUAGAAAACGGCAAACCUGGAUUACCUAAAUCGCUGGAAGCGUUGGUCGGGAAAUGCGGCGAAAAGCUUUUGAAUCCGGAUUUUUUGCUACAGGGUGGUGGGCAACCAUUCACCUCCGAGGAUGGUGAAUUGGCAGUGAGUGAGGGUAACGGUUCUUCGACGGCAAGUACUGGAGCAGUUGGCCGUAACGGCCGACGAGAAAAGUCCAUCGAGAAAAAGGAGCCAGUCACAAAGUUGGAAGUGAAAGUGGAAACGAAGAAGGAAUCACUCGAGCUGGUAGAUUCGGAGGAUGGUGGGCCCAAACGGCCAAUGAUUACCUUAUACAGCCAGAAAAUGAAAGGACUAAAAGAAUUGCUGCUGGCGGAAAAGCUGAAUACUAAUGCCAUCUCGUUGCAAAUAACGGCCCAGAGUCAGGUGCAGGUAGGUGGAAAAAAGUUUCGCUCCCAGCAGGGAGGUCCCCCGCAAGGCGGGCCACAAGAAAAUGAGGCCAACACCCGCUCUAAAAGAGCCCGAAGGGAAUAAAGCUAUUCAUCUUCUCGGUAAAGGAAACAUUCCCUGAUUUCUGUUUUAGGCUUGCUCUUUUGUGAUUGUUUUUAUACCUAUUAGUAUCUACUACUAUUACUAUUACCACUCCUAUUAUUACUUAUUGGUAUUUUUAUGCACUUGAAAAGUGCGUAAUUCAAAUUUUGUUAAAAACGAGAUUUUUACGCGAUCUUAAAAUAUUUUUGAGCAAGCAUUGUGAUGCCAUUUUUUAAAAAGCAAAACCUAUAUUUAUAGUUUUAGAUGUUAACUGAUUCUGUUUUCUUACCUGUUUCUAUUGUUUCUAUUUAUUGACGUUUUCGUUGUUACUACGUUAGCACACUAUUGAUACUAAUAUUUCCUUCUAAAGGAAGCUAUCGUGACAAGAGCUAUGUCAAAUUUGUCGUUUAUCUCCGCGACUGGCUGUUCCGUACAGAUCUAAUCUGUAUUGUCCACAUGAAAAAAAAGGAUGAUUCGAAGAUAACUCAAUAAGAUAAACUUCCGCAUAAAUCUUGAGAAAAAGAAUAGAAAUAAUUGUCCGUAAUUCAAAGGAAUCGAAAUUUUGAACCUCAAUCAUUAGUAGAAUACAAUACAGCUCUAAAUUCAAAGUACAAAAAGAAAAGCUAAAUUUUUCGGGGUUUCCUAUUUCAGCAAAAUUCACAAAAUAUCAGCAGAUGAAAAUUUAGUAGAAAAAGUUGAAAGUUUAGAACAAAAUUCAGGAAGCUAGAAAUAUACAAAAACGUAACGUCAAUCGGGUACCUUGAAUUGGACAAACAUUUUUGGAAAAAAAAGAAGAAAAAACGCACACUUUCACAUAUACUAUUCACUCUUUCUUUCGUAACGGAUUGGACACAAAUUAGCGAACGGUUUGAGGGUCUUUUUAUACUAAAAUUUAUAUUGGACAUUACACAAUACGGCGUGAUUGAGGGUGAAAAUGAUGGAACAAUUGAAAAAGAAAAAUGAAGCAAUGGUAGACUGAAGAAAUAUUGGAUAACGGACAUGAGAUUUAAAUUCACAGAAAUCAUAGUUGUAACGGUUUUACAUAAAGGAAAUGAUUUAUUUAAUAAUUUCCUUUUCACUAAAUAGGAUUAGACGUACAUUUUAAUUAUUACCAUUCAAUUUGCUCACCUACUGCUCCUAUACGGAACAUUCUUAAGUCAGCAGGUCGCGAUUUUCUCUUUGGAGGAUCGUGAAAAAAGCUGUUUAGAAUGAUCUUUGUUUCACGCUUAUACUACUUACUUUUAUUAUUCUAAAUAUUUGUUACAUAUACGACUUCAGGAAGGUACAUAAUAAUGCAACUACGUUAAAAAACAAGAUGAUUGGCGACAUGAUUCGGUCUUUAUCCAUUGAUUAUUGAACCUGGAAAUAUACAGCCCCAUCAAUCGUAAAGUACAGCAGUCAGCUUAGCGACACUCUUGAGAUGCAGUUGAGUGAAAUUAUUAAUUUAUUUUCUUGAAUGUAAUAUAUAUUAUUAAAAAAUUGCGCACUUUGGUCCAGGACCUAGAACAUCCUUCACGCGAGUUAAUACGAUUUGAUAUUCACUUUGUUACUUUUUUAUUCUUUUGUGCGAUAGGCACAAUAUACCGUACUCCAGUGCUGGUCGAUUGUCGACCCGAAAUAAUUCUCGAUCUGAUCGAGAGUCGAACCCGAUGUCACUAGCUUGCUGGUGCCAACCAACCGGCACCGCAAGCUGCAGAGUCACGGGGACCACUAAUAUUAUAUUGAUAUAUUUUAUAAGAUGUUCAAUUAAAUUGCACCAAUAGUUAGGUUUCCACAUGUAAGCAAACAUUAUUCAAUCGUUUAAUAAGGCCCACUUUUUUAAUACAGCGUUACUUCAAAAUUGUGGCUUUAUUUUUUGUUCGCGGUGCUAUUUAUUUCAAAUUGAACUGACUAAUUCUUAAUAAGAUUACCAGUUUUAAAUAUGUAAAAGAGAAUGCUAAAAGGUUAAUAUUUUGUCACAUAAUAUAGCACCGUGUACCUACUGUUUUUCUAGUACCUCAGUAGAAAUAUCCUUAAAAUUGAACGCUAACUCAUAAUCAACACGGAAAAUUACAUUACAAAGCUUAAGAGAAUUAGUAUUUUGUUAAAAUAGACUCUUAUAAAAAAAUACUUUUAAAACGCUUCAAAGAUUAAGUUUUGAAAUCAAACAAACAACAUUAAAUGAGUGGCUGUACGAGAAUAUCUCAAACACAACUAGCUAUCGAACUCCACAAGGAGGCUGAAGUCAAUAAUCAAAAUACGAAACUAUGAUUUGCAGAACUGAUUACUUGUAAAGCUUACAAUAAGUUAGCUAUUUUUUAAUCAUUUUACUGCAGAAAGUCCUGAGUUAAAGUAAGAAUGCCACAAAUAAAUAGUACAAGUUUAAACAUUAUUUUAUCACACAUUAUCAGCCAACAGACCCUAUUGUGCUAUAGAAUUAUGAAGAGUACCAGUUUUUCAAAUUCCUUUGCAGCAGCUGAAGCUGUUCAUGCAUACCAAGUAAGCCAUCACGAAGAAUUGUCUUUCCAGAGGCUAGAAUUGUUUCGCUUCAGUUAGUAGUCAUUCAAGCAAUUAAACAGUGAUUCCUUCAAAAGUAAGAUCUUUUUUUAAACUUUUAUCGUUAACGCUUUACUUCUACGAAAAGAAAAAUACGCUUCUAUUUUUUGCAAACUAUUAGUUUUCGUGUGGCUAUCAACACACAUUGCGCAAUUACACGUAGAAUUAUUAACUUAAUUUAAGUUUUAAAUGUAGUAUAGGUAUCUCACUUUUUCACUAUUAAAAGUCAUACAAAAUUGCAGAAAUAUUCAAAACAGUUUGUUUCAUGACUCUUGAAGUUGGUCUUAAUUUUGACUAAUCACGAAAUUCUAUAGAAAACCGGUAAUAAUCAUCAUUACCUUUUGCUAUUGUAAUAUAGAUAACUGUGAUGAGUAUAUAAAAUGUAUUUGAGAAAAAAUAACAAAACGAAAUAAAAAAAUAAUCAUUACAACUUUAGAUACCUUGAAUGUAAAAGUAAUUUUUCAGAAUGAAGAAUAAAAAUUACAAUUUGCUAGCAUACCAGUAAGCAAAAUUAGAACGAGAAAAUGAAACAGCAAAAAGAGGAAAACCUCUUCGAGGAUGAUACGUGUGCGAGAGCAGAAAAAAACAUACACAAUAUGAUACUAUAUAUAUUUUUGAGAUACUAUUCAUAUAUUUAUAUAAAAAGUAGGCGUAAAAGUGAACAACAUAUAAAACAAACAGAGGACUCUCAACGAGCCGAAAAAUUUGUUUGUCCAAUAAAAAAAACAAACAAUAAAUGUUCUUUCUUAGUACGCAUCAUAAACAGCAUAAACCGCAUCGUACACAAACAUUUGAAACGCAUCGUUAUUAUAAAUUGAGUUGUUAGAAUGAGUUGAGCAUUUCUAAAGUAGCAGAAUAAAUUAUCUCUAUAGUUGAAACUUGAUGUUGAAAUUUGUAAAACCCUAGUUACUUUUCCGAGUGGAACGAUACAAACGAAGAAAAACUACUAAUAUUUGUUUCGCAUGGUACAAACAUAGUUGAUUGUUGAAAAUUGCAAUAACAGAUAGAUUGACCCACACACUCAUACAUAUGGUUGAAUGUUUGGUUACACGGUAGAAGAUUCGAAAUUGUAAUGGCAAAUACACUUACACAGACUACUACAAUUAAACAGGAAAUAGCUGGACACAAUCAUCUAUUCCUCAAAUGGAAAAAACCCAAAUUCUAUAGUAAUCGAUUCAACACAUAUAAGAUAUUACAGUAGAGAUAGUAAACAAACGGAAAUUUAAUACCGUUCCCCCAUCAUAAGCAAGAGACAGGACGGCCUUUGCGCCGUGUAGACCACGCGUACAAUUCAGAGAGAAAGCGCUGCAAUGAAAAUAAACAUCA